AAUCAAUAUUAAUCAAUAAUUUUGGUGCAAAACUUCGAAAAAGAAAUAAAUUAAAUAAACAGUGGCACACAGCUAUCCGAGAGCAAGAUGAUUGAGCGUGAAGUCAUACACACAAAUAAAGUAUCGAAACGCAUCAUGGACGUUGUUCAGGACGUUAGCGAAUUCUUUGUGGUAUUCGUAAAAAUACUUUUAGAAUUACUGCAACGCCUUUUCGAAAAGAUGAUGAACAAAAAACUAAAAGACAUAAGCGGUGAAAUUAUAUUGAUAACAGGCGCUGGACAUGGUAUUGGACGCGAAUUGGCCUUGCAUUACACCGCCUGGGGUAGUGUAGUAGUGUGUGUGGACAUAAACGAGAAGAACAAUGAAGAGACACUAAAGAAAGCUAAACGACUUAUGCAGAACUCCGUCUACGCGUAUACCUGUGAUGUUUCCGAUCGCGAAGCCGUUCUGAGGCUAGCCGCCAAAGUAGAAGCCGAAGUGGGACGUGUUUCGGUGUUGGUGAACAAUGUCGGUAUUAUGCCAACACAUCCGUUGGAACAACACACAGCUGAGGAGAUAAAGCGCGUUUUCGAUAUAAAUGUACUAUCACAUUUCUGGACACUCGAAGCAUUUCUGCCGCAAAUGAAGCAACAGGGACGUGGCCAUAUUAUCUGUAUUUCCUCACAGAAUACUUACAGAACAUGA